CGCUUGGACUUGCAGGCUCGAGCUUCCCCUCCGCUGUUUCAACGGCUUCACACGCUCGAAUCAUAUAUUCAAGAGUUUUGCUCCACUUUACAACAUGAAAAUCUUUACCUUGAUCGCUCCUCUACUUUCUCUCCCGCUAGUCUUUGCCAGCCUUGGUGGUGACUACGGAAAUGGUUAUGGCGAAAGGGUCAAGACCGUGACAGCUACGGUCACUCACACUGUCACUAAGCCAGCCUACAAGCCCCCCAUGACCAACACCAAGACUGUCACCAAGUACAAGCCUCCAACCACCAAGUACAAGACCGAGACAAAAACUGUCACC